AUGGAUGGAGAAAGUGUGCGCAGUGGACGAAGUGAAAAAAGUGACCGUUCUCGUCGGUCAAAACGCAUUCAGCGGACGAGUAAUGUCACCUCCAGUCAACCCGCGUGUAUGUUCCAAGGACAAGUAAAGAGUGUGUUAGCUUCUCAUAACCAACCACUAGCUAUUGGCCAGAGCAUGCAAAAUGUGGAUACAGCUGUCCGUCAAUCUCAAUGCAAUUUAAUGCCAAUUGUCCCACAGCCUCAUAUGAGCAUGUUCCCGCAGCAACCAAUAGGAAUGCAACAGCCUAAUUCUCAUCCUUAUACAUUAGAAACAUGGAUUCCCCCUUUAAUGCCAAUGAACCCCAAUUUCUCCUCUUGUUCUCAGCCAAGCAUGUACAUCCCUAACGCUCAGAGUUGGACCGAUCAAUCUGUACAGCAGGUAUAUGCCCAACAAAUAAUUCAUCCGUCUAUGCCUUCUCCAUUCACCCGACCCCCAAUUUGUGCAGGAGUACAAUCAAAUCAACUUCAGUCACAACAACAGCAGGUCGGUUCUUUCAUACCUCCUGGACAACAGCAUCCUUUAGCACAUACUGCUGCAUCCCAUGUUUCGCCUUCCCAGAUAUCUUCUCAACCAUCAUCACAAGUUCCAGAACCAUACCGGUCUGAGCGUUUUGACCCACAACUUACGAACCAAGAUGAGAAUGCUUGGGUUGAAGAGGCUACUGCUGUCACUGGCGCUACAAGUGAGACUGGACUCAGUGGCGACAAUUUCUCACGAUUUGGAGCACGUUACGGUCUAGCAACCUCACUAGGUAUACAUGCCAAUGGUGGUACCGGCUGUAAUAUUAGCGGUGCUGCAGCUGCUUUAAUACGAUCCGAAGCGGAUGAAAUAAAAAUGUUCAAAUGCUCACAUACAUUAAGUUUUGCCAUUUCUGCAUUUCUGGCAAUUGGUUCAUUACUGUCUCCAGUUCUAAUGCUUUUACUCCCACUUUUUCCGUUUUGGAUUGGAUGGUCGACCGAAGGGUGUGAACCAACUUGUGAAGGACAUCUCAUCAGUAUAUGUGUAAAACUUGUACUUCUCGCUAUCGCGCUGUGGUUUUUAAGUUCCCCUUGUCGACCAUUUUGUGGCAGUGCUACUGCCAUACUUCCACGUAUCCGUCUUUGUCGAACUCUUUUUCUUUGUCUUGUGUUAGUUGUUCUGUUUGCAUUUUGGUUGUUUUAUACUGUUCGUGUUAUACAGCCAAAGGAAUCUGAUUAUCUUUCCAUAGUAGUUUUUGCCGGCAGUUUGACGGAUACUUUACUCUUUUUACAUUAUGCCGUUAUCGCCCUUAUGGAACUACGUAGAAUCCGAUUUCAGUACGUCAUACACAUUGUACGUUCUCCAGAUGGAAUGUCAAGAACUUUAAAGUGUGGAGAGAUGUCGUUGCAGCGGGCGGCCAUAGAAGUUUUGCAGUUCUACAUGGUAGAAUUCACAGCUUACAACCCAAAUCAAAACUUAUCUUUCAACAGCGGGGGUGGAGGUAAACGUAAUCGUCGCGGUGGUUCUGCUUCUGGUAGUGGGAAUGGCGGUGGGUCCAAGUAUAAAUUUUACGAUGUAGAUAGUGGUGGGGCUGGUCUAGGUAAAUCAGAAAAUGGUGUUACGUAUACUGUUGAGCAGUCUGGUGCUAUUACUGCCCCUAGUGCUUCAGUUCGUUUGUAUGAGGAAAUUGAGUUGGAAAAAAGGAUACGUAAACGGCGCAUGAGACUACUUUUGGCAGUUGAGGAGGCUUUUACUCAUGUUAAGCGCCUUGCUGCUGAAAACUGCAAUAAUGAGGGAACUGUUGGUGUUGUUGAGUGUGAUCAAACCUUGGUACCUUUCAAAAACAAUCGAAGUAAUGGGAGGAUGUCAAAACUUGCUUGCUCUCCAGGAAAAUCUUUGGAUCCGUACGAAGCAGCACAAGCUGUUUUCCCAACUCUCAUCAGGCCGUUACAAAAGUAUAUGCGUGUUACACGUCAACAAGCUCGUCACCCUGUGGAUAUGGUAAUUGAUCAUCUUGCUCUUUGCUUAGCUUAUGGCCUGUCACCUCACGCUUUCUUGGAAAGAUUUAAUCCUUCGGCUGCUACACCACAACAAGACGCAGCCGCAGCUGCAGCAGCCAUUGCAACAGUGAAGAGAGCCAAGUAUCAACAGAAUAUCAAGCAAGUUAACACUUCAGACAAUCUAGAUCCAUAUCCUCUACUUCCUAAAUUAGUGCAUCCAGGCGGACAGCAGGUAUGGAGUAUUGUGGCUGAUCGGGCUCUGUCUCGUAGUUUAGCGGAUGGUGCCAUAUUUCAGCUUCGUCGUGGAAAUGAGCUGUCGUUGCUUUGUACUGUUAGACGCCUGCCGCUUAUCUAUCUUAUCGAAGAAAUAUUAGAACCCUUGGAAGCAGGUAGAUUUGUCUUACGAACUGAUAAUGCAGUAUGA